CUCCUUCAACAGCUCCAGGUGCUAAUAAAUCUGAAAAUGAAACUUAUAGAUCCUCUGGAAUAGUCAUCAUAGUCGUAAUUGAAUAUAGAAACGUUCCUUAUAAGACAGACGUUAUAUCUUAUAGAUACUUACCUCGGUUAAUUGAUGGAAAUGAAUAUAAAGUUGUGGAAAAUAUUUAUAAUGUUACUGAUGGAUCAUAUACUCUUAUAGAUAGGCAUGGUAUCCGAUUUAUAUUUCAACAACACGGAUCGAUUGGAGAAUUUGAUUUAAUAACUCUUCUUACAAGUAUUGUUGCUAGUUUUGCACUCUUUGGUAGUGCUAAGAUAAUUGUAGAAAUAAUUAUGCUAAAUUUUUCUCCUAAUAGAAAAAAUUACAAAAAAGCUAAAUACAAAGAACUUGAUCGUGACCUAGAAAAUCAAUCACCUAAAACAUAG